AAUGGGUUCUAUUAAUAAUGGGAAGAAACAACAAUAAGAUGUGAAGUUUUAUGGUAAAUAAAAAUCUAGAUCACCUAAUUUUGAUUUUCAUUCGACUUAAAAGGGUUGUGUGAGGAAUAAUAUUCAUUUUCAUAUUGAAAAUUGGGAGACUUACGAAGCCAAUAGUAGCUAAAUUAAAAAAUUUUAUGAGGACUUAGAAUAUGACCAUUCAUUUAUUUAGUGGAUAUUUCCAAAUUUCUUCAAUAGCAUGUUUAAUUCUGAUAGCUAUAGAUUAACAAUUGAAGAGAGAGAUAAAAUGAUCAAAGAUUAAAAUGUUUAAUAUUUAUUUAUCAAAAUAGGUCAUGGAAUUCUUUGUGAAAAACUACAAAAUGUUUCUAAAAUUUUUGGGAAUUAAAUGGAAUAUCAAUGAAUUAGUUGUAGAGAAUUAAUAGUAAUUUUAUAAAUGUCUUCGAAUUAAUACACAUAAUUAGUUAAGAUUAAAGAGAGUAUUAGCUUCAUUAAGUGUUUUAGGAUAAAGGGAGGAAGCCUUAAAAUUGUUAAAAUUAAUACAUAAAGAAGAUAACUAACUUUAUGGCACUGAAUAUUACCUUUAUGAUCAUUUAAUGGAUGAAAAAUAAAUUGAAAAUAAAGAAAAUGAGGUAAAUUAAGAAAAAUAAUUGGGAAAUUAGUAAGAAGAAGUAAACAAAACUCAAAAAGAUAAUCAAAAAGUAAAUCUAUCCGAAUAACAUAAAAAUGAUUAAAUAUAAGAGGAAAAAGAAUUCCAUAGUACUGAAGAGUUAUAAUAGAAAAUAGAGUCCAAUUAAAGAGGAAAUGAACCUAAUAGCACAAAUAAAAAUAAUCAAAAUGAAAUCUUAAAGUAAUCAGUUUAGUAAUCCUAAAUUGAAUAAGACUAAAAAGUAGAUGUUGAGUUAUCUUAAACUAAUUAAAUCUAAUAGGCCUAUUUUUUGUAAUCUUAAACUAAACAAAAACAUGAUUAAAUAUAAGAGGAAAAAGAAAUCCUUAAUUCUGAUGAGUUAUAAUAGAAAAUGGAGUCAAAUUAAAGAGGAAAUGAACCUAAUAGCACGAAUAAAAACACUCAAAAUGAAAUCUUAAAGUAAUCAGUUUAGUAAUCCUAAAUUGAAUAAAUCUAAAAAGCAGAUAUUGAGUAAUCUUAAACUGAUUAAAUCUAAUUGUCCCAUUUGAAGCAAUCUUAAACUGAAUAAAAGCAUGAUUAAAUAUAAAUAAAAAAAGAAAUCCCUAGUUUUGAUAAGUUAUAAUUGAAAAUAGAGUCAAAGUAAGAUGAAAUAAAAUAGAAAAAAAAUAAUAUUCAGACGGAGGAUGGUUUUGAAGAAAUAAAAUUAAAACUAACAGAGAAUAAUAAGACUGUUCAGUCCAAAACAAAAGAUUUAGAAACAACCAAUAAAAAAUAGGAAACUGCAAAUCCUUAAGUGUUUGAAUAGAAAAAUAACUCAAACUAAAAUUAUUACAAUUUUUCUUAUGAUAAGUAUUAGAGGAAUACUAAGAGACCUUAAUUCGUAAAAUCUCAAUAUGAAAAAUUUGAAGAUAAAUUUGAAUUCAAUGAAAUAAAAAAUAACUAUGUAUAAGGAGAUUUAUUGAAUGAAAACUGGGUGUAAGUAGAUUUGUUAAGCAAACAAUAAAUAGUAACAUAAAAAUAAUGA